AGAAUUGGUUUAAAAGAAUUGAUUGAACCCAUUUUAAACAUUGACUGUUUGGAUAACCCAUACACUCAGAAGGAAACAUGGGAUUUGAUCUUUCAGAAAUUUCCACUGAGGCCCUUGGGCUGAUGAGUUUGACGUGGAGGCCAGCUCCUAUCGAUAAGCCCACUGCAUUUGAGGCAAUGUUGGAAGCCAUAAAGAUUAACCUGCCUUCAAAGACGUUCUUCAACGGAGGUGAGUUUUACGGUGGCGAUAACAUCAAUCUGGAAUACAUCAGGGAUUUCUUUGUCAAGUACCCGGAACAAAGAGCGAAUGUCAUAAUUUCAAUUAAGGGUGCCUUAGAUGUGGCCACCUUGACCCCCGAGCCAACUGCUGAGGGGAUUAACAAAUCACUGGAUAACGUCUUGAAGUACAUUCCAGACUUGGAUAUCUUUGAGCCUGCUCGAUUAUCCCCAGGUGUUGCUUUGAGUGAGACUGCAAAGGCCCUUGACGAUGCCAUUGACUCUGGUAAAAUCAAAGGCUACACUUUGAGUGAGGUUAACGGUACCACUUUGAAAGAGUUCAGCUCAAUUGCAAAGUAUAAGCCAGUCGGUGUUGAGGUUGAAUUUUCCAUCUUUACAAGGGACGUUUUGGAGAAUGGAAUUGCAAAGACUGCUGGUGAACUGGACAUCCCAAUCAUUGCAUAUUCUCCCCUCUCUAGAGGUUUAUUAACCGGUGAAAUCAGAGCCAAAUCAGACGUACCAGAGGGUGAUGUUCGUCAUCAUUUGGAGAGAUUUAGCGAAGACAACAUAAAGAAGAACGUUGCCAUUGUUGAUGAGCUCGUAUCAUUGGCCAAGAGAAAAGGUGUCACACCUGCUCAGUUGGCAUUGGCGUGGUUGAGGUAUCACUCUGGUAAGACCAUCGACGGUAUAAAAUACCCAACGAUUGUUCCAAUCCCAUCCUCAUCUAGUGCACAGAGAGUUGACGAGAACUUCCAAAAAGUUUCGCUCACAGAUGACGAGUUUGGUGAGAUUGCCAACGUCAUCACUGGUAAAGAGGUCCAUGGCCACAGGUACAACGAAAAAGUAGCAAAGUACCUGUCAUUGUGAUCUGUCCCAUUAAACGUUAGAAAUCAUGAGCCAUGCCGUCAUUGUAGAGAUCACGUACGUCAAUUCCCCUACGCCCUCGUACACACUGUCUACGGAACCAUGAGAUGUUUCCACCUAAAGCCACAGUUCACAAGACUUGCAUUCUAGGCUAUUAAUCGUAAAUGCACACUGACGGACUUUUGCCCAAAACUUUAAGCGGAGAAACCAAAAGCUUAAAACGCCGUGAUGGAAAAAAGAAAUUCCGAACGGCGCAUGGAAAAACUUCAUCGUGGCACAUAAGAAAAAAUACAUCGUGCAUGCAAG